GUUGACCCUCUUUUACUUGCAGUUGAGAGCGCUAGAGACGUAGUCUGCUGACUUGAGAGAAUGUGCAAAGAGGCAGGCCUUCUGCAGAAGCUGAUUGGACUAUGCAGUCGCUAUGGAUACAUCCAUCCAUCUUGUGACCUCGGGAGGUCAGGGGUCAAGGGUUGCUAUGACUACGGACCCCUAGGCACCUUGUUGAGGCGCAACAUUCAGAAUGAGUGGUGGACGAGUGUUGUUUCAUCUCAAGAAGAUAUGUUUGGCAUAGAAAGCUCACAGCUACAGCAGACGUCUAUAAGAAAUACUAACCAAUCAGAGAAUUCUUCAGAUGAUAUAAACGAUCAUCGUAGACUUUCCGUUAUCCCAAGUAGUGAUGAGAUGCAAACACAAGGAGAGAAUUUGAACUGGACACUUCGUGAUUCCCUCAAUCAAGGUACCAUUUCGCAGUACUACAACACACUUCAGCUAGUCAGUCGCAGACUGCCGUUUGGCCUGGCCCAGAUUGGUCAAUGCUUCAGAAGGACUGGCCAAUCAGAGAGCUUGACAGAUGACGAUCACGACAGAUAUAUCUUUGACUUGCCUGAGUUUACUCAGAUGACAGCCCAGUUCUACUGCUCCCCUAAGACUGCGGAUCGUUGGAUGAUUGACUGGCAACGAGACAGGAUUCAGUGGUGGAGAAAGUUUUCAGGUGCUCCGUCUAGCUUCCAGAUGUCAGAGACCAAGCAGUCCGAACUCCUGCGCACAACAGACAUCCAGUUCCAGUUUCCCUGGGGAGUAGAGACGAUUGAAAGAAUAUCCAACAGAGGGAGUGGUGAACUGGAACGGCUGCAGAAGGAGACAGGCGUAGACUUCCAUGGUCGGGAGGGAAGGAAGAACGUUCUACCCCAGGUGGUUGAGAUGGCAUGUGGUCUAGAGAGGGGCAUACUGGCAUUACUCCUAGAUGCUUAUCAAGAAAAGGAGAGAACAGACAGCAAGGGCCAGAAGAUCAACCACAGAAUGGUGUUGAGAUUGCAUGUCAAACUUGCACCCAUCAAAGUAGCUGUUCUACCCAUCAAGGGAACAAAGGAAAUAAUUGAGAUUUGUGAAUAUUUGGCUAAAGAGCUGCGCAAAGGGAGUAUUUCUUGCCAUCGUGUCAAUGAGCUCGGCCCAGUCAUUGGCCAACAUGUAGCAAGAUUUGACGAGAUGGGUAUCCCCUUUGUUGUCUUGCUUAGUGAUAAAACUCUGAAGACUGGUGUAGUCAGGAUGCGGCAUAGAGACACAAUGAUAACGCAACAAUUGCACAUCACCGAGGUAAGAGAAACUAUAGAGCGCCACCUAGAGGCUGGAUGAGGAUAGGAAUAGCGCAACGAGCUAAUGACUGGAGCAACUCGGUGACUGCAGCACAUGCAAGUUAUGAGUCAUGAGCUUGGGGACGAUCUUACAGUAUGACAGCAAAUGAAAUAAACAUGCCUAGCAACGGAGAGUCUACUCUCACUCUCAAAAGACUGAAAUUGAAUCCUUGGUCUUCUGAUAUGACUGUCUAGCCGGAGUGGGGGGGGGGGGCCUCCUGCUGUAAAAACAACUUCAAUUUAUAUAAAACUAAAAUUGUAAGAUUUUAAUUUUAGCUAAGCCCGAUGCAAAUUUUAUCUUUAGAUAUGAGUAUGUAUACUGUAUUUCGUAGUAUUCAUGCUACAUGUACUCAGUGGGGAAAGUGCCAGGAAUCACCUCAGAUUGCACCAGAGCAACUAGAAUCCAAAUAAAAAUUAAAAGGGUAAAAAUGUGAAUACAUUAAGUUAACAAAGUCCACUAAAAUGUAGAUAACACAGACAUUUCCUCAGCAGGCAACAAAGGUAUAUGGCCGGUCAGACUUGCCCCCCCCCCCCCAAGUCUAUACUUUUUUGUUUAUACAUUUACUUCUUUGCAACAGCUCUCAUUGGUUUACAUCAUAAACAAACGCGCAUACAGCCCCCACAGACAAAUAUAGAAUCUCUGAAUUAUAGUUAGAUUAUACAGUCAAACCCUGAUAAGAAGAGCACUGUUAAAACGUCCUGCACAAUUUUACGUCCGGGGUCUUCGGGAUUUUUUAUUUUCCAUUACUAUUCAUACAAUUAAGGUACCUGUUAUAACGAGGUAAUUUGUCCCAAGGACCGUGUUAUAAAGGUGUUCGCGUGUCCACUCUCAAUAAUACAGUCAACCGUACGUAGCCAAGAUGUUUCUUAUAUCAGAAUUUUGUAUUAAGCGGAACAUCCCAUCAGUCCCAUUCAUUGUGCACGUAAAGCACAAUUGGGACCAAGACUUAACGUUUGUUUUAACCAGACUCUGUAUUAACAGUGUUUGUAUUAACGAGAGAUAGAAGAUGUUAUUGUUGAAAUGGCCAACCAGCCGCUGGGUGUUAUGCUCCGACGCACAACUACAAAAGUAGCGAUGAUCUCUUCUUUAGACCGAACAGUGCCGGACCAUGUACAGCGACUGUCCGUUGUCAACAUAAGAUGGGAAAUUGGCCGUCAAAAACAAAAGUGCAUUUCACGAUAAUUUCUCGAGAUGAAAAACUGCCAUCGAAAGCACAAUUUAUUAGUGCCUCGCUCGCAACAUGAAAAUUGUACCUCUUUCAUGGAAAACUGGCCUUUAGAAAUAAUAGUGCUCCUGGUCACUGAGCUGGCCAUCAAAAGUGGCAGUGCCCCUCUCUACAUAACUAGUCAAAUUCAUGGGCGGACCCAGAGAGGUUACUGCCGCUGGCGGAGGGUGUGUGGUGUGCCAAGGGCGGAUCCGGGGGCAACGGGGCCAUACCCCCCCCCCCCCCCCCAAUUGACGUCACAAAAAAGGCAGCAACUAUACGUACACCACCACGAGAAAAAAUGUCACCAAAAUUGGUGGAGUGGUCAGAAAUUGCCUCAGAUAGCACCACGUACAGAGCAUUAAAAUCUAUUUUUUUUCCCCGGCCGGCCCUUAAGCCUUAGCGGGUCCCAAACCCCAUGUGUGCUGUGAAUUUGUUGACCCGCUUUUUGGGCACCAACGGAAGGUUCCCCCUUUAUCAGCGGGACAAGGGCCCCUUUUUGGUGAAUCCCCCCAGUUUGAAAAGCGUCCGCCGCCCCUUGUUAAUGUUAGAUUACAGGCCAAAAAAAGUCUCCGGUUUCUGGUAUGCGCGCGCGUCGCCGUAGCCAUAUGCGCGUCGGCAAAAUUGAAAAGUUUUUUUUAAUGUAAGAUGAUGUCUCAAAACCGCCAAACU